CGGGGCCUGGGGCGGGGCUUGGCGGAGGAAACUGAGGCAAGAGCGCAGUCCCCGAUGAGCCGCGGGGUUACCCCCGGUGGAGCCGCCCCCAGAGGGGUCCCGGGGCUCCGGACCCCCAGCCUGAAUCUUCGGGGCGCCCGUCUUGCUGAGGACCUGGGAGGCGGCGCCUGGAACUCCAGAACUUCAGGGUCCGAGGGAGGAGGGACUUGGGGGGCCUGGCCUCCCGGUCCUGGCUGGGUCAGCAUGCGCCCCCCUGCGCACCCCAGCUCCCCAUUGGGCAUCUCGCAGCCGGGGCAGGCAGCCGCUCCAGGUGGUCGCCCCCUUCCUCUCCUGAGAUGUCAGGAAGGAGGGGGCCGCCUGCGUCCCCCACAGGGGCCCCCUGGAGCCUGGGGGCCCCCAGCCCGGGAGCUCGGAGGCGGAGGAGGUGCUGACAGGUGCUCAGCGAGAUGCUGCCCCACCCUUCAUGGUCCCUCCCCAUCCUCCUCCUUUGCCUCCUCCCCAGUGUCCCAGUGGAACCCCAUCCCCCACCCUCUCCGCUGCCCCCAUUUCCAGCCCCUGAGUGGGACCUCCUGUCCCCACGAGUGGUGCUCUCCAGGGGUGCCCCCGCAGGCCCCCCGCUGCUCUUCCUCCUGGAGACUGGGGCCUUCGGGGAGCCACCGGGCAGCCCGGCUAACCGCAGCCGGCGAGGAGUGAGCGAGACGGCACCAGCAAGUCGCCGGGGAGAGCUGGCUGUGUGCGACGCAGUGAGCAGCUGGGUGACGGACCGGCGGACAGCUGUGGACUUGCGUGGGCGGGAGGUAGAGGUUCUGGGCGAGGUGCCUGCAGCGGGCGGCAGUCCUCUUCGCCAGUACUUCUUUGAGACCCGCUGCAAGGCUGACAACACUGGGGAAGAUGGCCCUGGUGCAGGUGGAGGGGGCUGCCGGGGCGUGGACCGGAGGCACUGGGUGUCCGAGUGUAAGGCCAAGCAGUCCUACGUGCGGGCAUUGACCACUGACGCUCAGGGCCGUGUGGGCUGGCGAUGGAUUCGAAUCGACACUGCCUGCGUCUGCACACUCCUCAGCCGGACCGGGCGGGCCUGAGGCCUCUGCGCAGGAACUGGGCGAGCAGAGGAAGAAGAGAUCUGGAUGCUGAGGGACCUCAGGGGCUGCUCUGGGCCUCAUGGUGGGAACUUGUUAAGUCGUCACAAAGUCAGCUCAAUCUGUACAAGACAGGUGGUAAAACCGGGUGGGGUUUUGAAGGAUGAAUAGGAGUUCUCCUGCGAACUCCAGGGUGGAUGAUGAUGAUGAUAGCCUAUAUUUUCCGAGUGCCUACUGUUUAAGACCUCUAAUACACAACUUGUCAGAUCAACUCUGGUGGAUUUGAACAUUGGAGGGAGGCCUUUAGCUUCUAAGUUGCUGCUAUAUGAUCUCAGAGGACCUCACCUUGCUCAUUAUGGGGAGAGUGACAAGGAGGAAAUAUAUCAAGCAGUGGGUGGCAGAGCAUAAAAACUGGAACGUGUAAGCAACUAACUGGGAGCGAGGACUCGAAUGGGCAGUUUACUAGGUCAGAUGGGGCAAGAAUGCUCUGUGUUUUGUUUGUUUUUUGUGAAUCCUCACUCGAUAUUUUCCCAUGAUUUUCAGAGAAAGAGUGGAGAGGGAGAGACACAGAGAAACAUUGAUGUGAGACACACAUAGAUUGGUUGCUUCCCGCAUGGGGAUUGAGCCUGCAAGUGAGGCACAUGCCUUGGCCAGAAUCGAACCCGGGACCCUUCAGUCCAUGGGCCAAUGCUCUAGCCACUGAGCUAAGCUGGCUAGGGCAAGAAUGCUCUGUUUUGACCUACCCAUCACAGUCGGAACACAAGUAAGGAUGAAUGAUGGGAGGUCAGGAUGCUAGAGAAUUCAGCCCUGGUGGGGAGUUGGAGUCAGAUGUCUACCACCCUUCCCUGUCUCAACUUUUAUUCCGCCCCGAGAAAGAAAGAAACUCUAAAACUGUCCAGUUUGAGUAAAGCACGAGGUUCUGACAAUUGGCCUGACCGCUGUGGAGGAUCAGGGGUCAUUUGGGCACGGAUAGGCCUUGAGUGGGCCCGGUAAGUCCAACAGGAGAAGGGACCCUAGAAGCCUGAAUGAGAGGCUCUGAAGGCAGCGUCAGUUUUCCCUGCCUGUAGAAUGGGUUGGUGGGAUGAGUCAGUGGGGGCUGAGGAGACCAAGGCCUUGACCAAAAGGUCUUUAAAGUGAGGCCCUGACGCCCUAGCCGCUUUGGCUCAGUGGAUAGAGCAGGGGUCCUCAAACUUUUUAAACAGGGGGCCAGUUCACUGUCCCUCAGACUGUUGGAGGGCCGGACUAUAGUUUAAAAAAAAAACAAACUAUGAACAAAUUCCUAUGCACACUGCACAUAUCUUAUUUUGAAAUAAAAAACCAAAUGUUUUCGGCAGGCCGCAUGUGACCCCUGGGCUGUAGUUUGAGGACCCCUGGGAUAGAGCAUCAGCCUGCGGACCGAAGGGUCCUGGGUUCGAUUCUGGCUAAGGGCAUGUACCUAGAUUGGCAGGCUCCUCCCCAGCCCUGGCCG